CAUCAACGUGCGCCGCUCGGCCGCUGCUUCCAUCCCACCGCGGAACCCCACUGUCAGUUCUCACUCAGACGCGCUCACGCGCACCGACCGCGCACACAAGUGACACGCCCGCCUCCUCCCACCAGAAACCCGCGAAUCAACCCCGAAUCCCGAUCGGCCGGCGGCGCGGGAGGCGAUGCCGGAGAAGGCGGUGGACGACGUCAUGGAGGCCGCGGUGGGGGCCCACUUCAGCGGCCUCCGCCUCGAGGCGCUGCGCCUCUCCACCUCCGCCCCCUCUUCCCCUUCCUCCUCCCCCGCCGCCGCGGCGCACGCGCACUCCAACGGCGCCGUCUACGCAAACGGCACCGCCGAGCUCCCCUCCCCUGCCGCUGCCCGGCAGCCGUUCGUCAUCGGGGUUUCUGGAGGGACGGCGUCGGGGAAGACGACGGUGUGCGACAUGAUUAUCCAGCAGCUGCACGACCACCGCGUCGUGCUCGUUAACCAGGAUUCAUUCUACCGUGGCCUAACUGCUGAAGAGUCUGCACAUGCACAAGACUACAAUUUUGAUCACCCUGAUGCAUUUGAUACAGAACAACUUCUUGAAUGCAUGGGACAACUGAAACGUGCUCAACCUGUAAAUGUUCCUAUAUAUGAUUUCAAGAAGCAUCGUCGGUGUUCUGACAGCUUUAGGAAGGUUAAUGCAUCAGAUGUCAUUAUUUUGGAGGGCAUUUUAGUCUUCCAUGAUCAGAGAGUUCGCAAUCUGAUGGACAUGAAAAUUUUUGUAGACACAGAUGCUGAUAUUAGGCUUGCUCGACGAAUCAGGCGUGAUACAGUUGAAAGAGGAAGAGAUAUUAGCUCAGUGCUUGACCAGUAUGGGAGGUUUGUGAAGCCAGCAUUCGAUGAUUUUGUUUUGCCUUCAAAGAAGUACGCUGACGUGAUCAUUCCUCGAGGAGGUGAUAACCAUGUAGCAGUUGAUCUGAUUGUUCAACAUAUCCGUACCAAACUUGGUCAGCAUGACUUGUGCAAAAUCUAUCCGAAUGUUCAUGUUGUUCAAUCAACUUUUCAGAUCCGAGGAAUGCAUACUCUUAUUCGUGAUAGGGAAAUUACUACACCUGACUUUGUCUUUUAUUCAGAUCGAUUGAUCCGUUUGGUAGUGGAGCAUGGUCUUGGACAUUUGCCAUUUACAGAAAAGCAGGUUAUUACUCCAACAGGAUCUGUUUAUAUGGGAGUUGACUUCUGUAAGAAGCUCUGUGGAGUGUCUAUUGUGCGAAGUGGUGAGAGUAUGGAGAACGCCCUGCGUGCUUGUUGUAAAGGAAUAAAAAUUGGUAAAAUUCUAAUUCAUCGUGUUGGAGACAAUGGGCAGCAGCUUGUUUAUCACAAACUGCCCAUGGAUAUUGCUGAACGACAUGUUCUACUUCUGGAUCCAGUGCUUGGUACAGGCAACUCAGUGGCCCAAGCAAUUGACCUUCUUAUAAGAAAAGGUGUUCCUGAGGGUCGGAUCAUUUUCCUCAAUCUCAUCUCGGCUCCUGAAGGGAUUCAGUGUAUUUGCAAGCGAUUUCCUUCACUGAAGAUUGUAACGUCUGAAAUCGAUUAUGGUCUGAACGAGGAAUUCAGGGUGAUACCAGGACUGGGAGAAUAUGGUGACCGCUACUUCGGCACAGACAAUUGAUGACUCAUACCACUCUGGGUGUAUGAAAUCUCAGUUGACUCCUGGAUAGGGAUGAUAUCUUGGAAGUAACAUUCACUAUGGAGGCCGUAGUUGUGUUUAAUAGUUUGUACAACCUUUGACAUAAAAGCUUGACCAAGGGCAGAGGGGGAUGCCAUAGAAGGAUCUGCGUGAACUCGGAGGACGUGUGUAUGAUUUUAGCUUUGUACGGGUGCAGAAACAUUGUUGAUCACCUGAUGUUUUCAAAUAAGCGUCUUUGAUUCAAAUACAUCUCGGUGAAGUCACGAGAUCAAAAUUUACAAAGCGCCUAA